GUGCGCCAUUUUCUCCUCACUUCAGAAACCGUGGAGCGAACAACAGUUCCGGAACUUGAACAUGGCAUCGGCGGAUCAGGCGUAGAUAAGACGACCAUUGUUAUUACACCCGGUAAAAGUGUCCGACCAGGCAGUUCAACUGUGAGUUCCACUGUUGUGCCAGACACUGAGAACAUGGAGAUAAGUUCAAUGACGACGCCAGAGACUGAGGACACAGAGACAACAGAGACAACAGAGACAACAGAAUUGGACGUGACGGAAACGACAGAAACGUACGGAUAUACAGAAAAGCCGAAAUAUGUCCGAGGCCCGCUUCUCUGCACCGUGAGCGUGCACUUCACGGAGACGAGUUUGUUGCCGGAGGAUGGAGACUGCGAAAUCAUCUUCUACGAAUCGUUCUACGUGAAGAACAGACCAUCCGAUUGGCAGGACUCGGGUCUGGACCACUUCUUGAAGCUCGGACGCACCAUGUAUCAGACUAGCGUCGGCGCCUCCUUCUCCCCAGUGUGAGUUUGAUGACGCAGCAUU